GAUCGAUUCAAUAAAAUCCGAUGAUCGGGCGGUGUUCUUGACGAAGCCAUGCGAAGCGUCAUGUGUUUGACAGUUUAAGUGAGAAGUGACAAUUCGCGGGGAUUGAAAAAAAAUGUGGCCAACGGGAAAUUUUUAAGUAUAAAUAAUUCUCUUUUAAAUAAGUAAAAAAAUAACGCACAGAGGCGCCUAAUAUGGGAGAAUGGUUGGUCACACGGUUGUGUUUAUGCUGUUCCUACUGGCAGGAUGGCAGAGAGCACUAGCGGAGUUGCCAGUACGCGAAGUUGCAAUAGAUUUAGGACAAAAUUUAAGUUUACAUUGCAUCAACGAUGAGAAUUCAAUGUAUCCAAGAGAUUUUUUACUUGUCAUGUGGAUUAGAGACGGCCGCGAGGAUGGCCAAAUUCAAAGAUCAAAAGUCAAGCCUAAUGGAACAUUGGAGCUAGUUAAUGUCACUAAACAUGACGAUGGAAAUUAUUCUUGCAUAUUAGAUAAUGAUGCGGAUGCUGUGAAAAUUAGUUAUAAUGUACGAGUAAGAACUCCACCACCGGCUUUACAUAAUGUUUGGGUAAAACCCUCAACUAUUUUGGCCAAUAUCCUUUGGGAAGUUGGAGGAACCGGAGGUUAUCCAAUUAUAGACUUCACUGCCCAGUAUCGUUUAAAAGCGAGCCAUGGAGAUGAACCUGAAGAUUGGAAGCCUAUUAUUCCAAAUCACAUUCCUCCAAAUUCUAGGCAAAUCGACGUCUAUCAUUUGGAGCCAAAUACAACAUAUUCGUUUCGAGUUUGGGCGACCAAUGAACUUGGACCUGGUGAAAUUGUCGAGGUCGAGGGCCACACACAUCACAGCGAUGAAGAAUUGGAGUUGGCAAGACAUCUUUUAGCAGGAGCUGAAAAUUUUGAUACUCGGGUAUGGGUGGCAGCGGUGGGAAUUGUUAUGGGGACAUUAAUGAUUCUUGGUUUUGGAACGUGUUUCCUUCUUUAUCGCGAGUGCAAAGCAUCUUGCACGAGAUUAUUCUCAAGCGCAGCUGGAGGAACAGGAAGUGAUUGAACUCGUGCCGAAUAUUAUUCUCAAUCCAGGAUUCUUUGACGAGAGGACGGAGCGCAUACCUCUUGAUAAAAAUUUCAACAAUCAAACAACGACUCGACUGAACAAUAAUAACGUUGUGCAACCACGAAGACUCUAGCGAUCGUUUUCUCAUCGUUUCAUUAAUUUCAUCAUCAACAAUCCUUCUUCUAAACGAACAAAAUUGAAUCUCAAUUAUUCCACAAAAUUCGUAUGAAAAGAAAAAAAAGUCUUAUCUUCACCAAAGAAGAAAAGAAAUCCAAAAAUAUUAAAGGUAAAGUUUUUCAAAUUCAAAAAAAAAAAAAAAAAUACCGAAUUUUUAAAAGAGAAUUUUUCUCCCGAAAAGAAUUGAUCGAAUUUGUUUAAAACACCAAAUUUUGUUUCUACUUGAGAAAAAUUUUUAGAAACUUUUUUGUCAUUGCUCAAUAAUCGAGCUUGCCCUGAGAAAAGAAAAGGAAAAAGAAAACUUCCUCGAAAGAAGUUAUUUUAGAAAGACUGUAAAAUUCGAUCUCAAUUUUUUUUUCUCCGCCCCCAAUUUGUCGAGUGGACGAGAAAAAAAAACUUAUUUGUAAACAUUGAAUAAGAUCAAAGUCCGACGAUUUUUCUUAGUAUAAAGAAACAUUUUUCUUUAUAUAGAAAUCGUUAAAAUGAAGAAAAUGGUUUUUGCUUCUUUAAAAAAAGAAAAAACAAAAAAAAAACAUAAACAAAGAAAAAGGAGAUUUUUUUUAAGAAAAAAAAAAAUAGACUCGAAGGCUAGAAUUUUAAGACAAAAAUUUUUAGAGAUCGAUGAAUAAUCGCGAUUACUGCCGUUUUCAGGUUUGCACAAGGUGUUAUAUUUAUAAUAAUUGUUCAAUCGACAUAGUGCUCAGAUCGUUUUUUCAAGGAAAAAGAAAUUUUCGUAAAAAAAAAGAAAAGCAUUUCAAAGAGGGCUCAAAAAAACGUAAUGUGCAUUCCCUCCUCUCUAUUAUAUUUCGUUCUCUUUCAAUUAAAUUGAAAUUUACUUUUUGCAGAAAAUAAUCUUAAUUUUAAGAUUUAAAAGAAUCUUUUUAGCAGCGCGAAAAUUUUUUCCGAAU